AUGCCCAACGGUUCCCCGACGCCUUGGUCGUACUUCUUCGUCAGGCUCCUGUUCAGGUUUGUCCUCAAGAUCUUCUACGGAACCAUCGUGGUGGAAAAUGCCCACGUAAUACCACCCAAAGGCAAACCCUGCAUUGUUUGCGCGAAUCAUAGCAACUCGCUCACGGAUGCACUACUCCUCGUUACUGCAAUCCCUUCUAGGGCAAGAAACCUCCUCCGACUCACCGCCAAAUCCACGCAGUUUGGCAAGAAGACCUUCACGAGCUGGCUAAUCGAAUCAGCCGGCACGGUGCCCAUCAAGCGACGCAAGGACUUCCCAGAUGGAGAAGCUGACAACACUCCGGUCAUGCUUAAGCUGAUGGAGGCUCUCGAAAAUGGAGACGCUGUCUGUCUGUUCCCAGAGGGAAUGAGCCGAUACCACCCGACCAUAGCACCGUUGAAGACAGGCGUGGCUCGUUUGGUGUCGGAUGUCCUCACCCGAAAUCGACAUAACCCGGACUUCGAGAUCUUCGUGCAGACAUGUUCGAUCACGUAUAUGCACAGGCAACAUUUUCGCUCAGACGUUCUGGUCACAUUCCACUCACCUAUGAGAUUCACGCCCAAGGACAACCCCGAGCUACUUGCGCCCAUCGACUACGACCGGAUUCGCGCGCUCACGGCACGGAUGCACCAGGAGAUCAGCUCGGGGACGCUCGACGCGCCUUCAUGGCGCACGAUUCGCAACGCCAAGCUCGCUGCACGCAUAUAUGCGCCUCUAGGCACGACCAUGAGCCUGGGCGAAUACGUGCGUGCAGUGCGCACUUUUCUCGAGGCAUUCAAGCUCGCCGAGCGACCCGUCAAUGAAAGCGGCAGUGAGGGUGAGAUCGUAAACAAGGAGGGAGUAGCCAGAGAAGAUGUCAGGAUCCAGCAGCUCGGUAAUGACCUGAAGGAAUACCAAGACCAGCUUGCGUACUGGGGCAUCAAGGACGACCGCAUUCGCAGGCCGCUCCCCACCCACAUCAUCAUCUACCGCCUCAUCGUGCGGCUCAGCUGGUCCGUGUUCCUGCUAACGAUUUCCAUUCCCGGGCUGCUCCUCUGGCUCCCCGUCUUCCUCACCACAUUCGUCGCUGUCUCGCGCUUCAAGCGCACCGGCCCCAUCUGGGACACCUGGGACGAAAUCGCGCAGUACAAGCUCAUAUACGGCCUCAUGUCCGGCCUCGGCGUCUGGAGCGGCUCAAUGCUGCUCACGCUGCCGAUCGCGCCGCUCACCGCCGUGUUCGUUCCUGCGGCGAUGUGGAUGUCUCUGCGCUGGCUUGAGGACGCGAUCUCCGCAUUCCGUGCCGUUGCGGUGCUCACGCGGCUGCUGCGAAUGGGGCAGGCACGCCUAUGGGAGCUGCACGCGCUGCGCGCACGGCUGCAUGAGCGCGUAAUGGAUCUGGCGGUGAACACCCUGGGACUCCCUCCAGACCCGGAGCAUUACUUCGCGCAGAGCGGGGGCAAGGAGAAGGGAAGGGUCAGGGGCCGCUGGGCAAGCAAGGCGAAGUACUUCUCCGUGCGCCGAAGGAGAAAGCGGGACUGGAAUGAAACGCUCAGACUUUACGACCAAGUGGACUAUCCCGAGGACGAGGAUUGA